AUGGGAAGAAAUGGAAGAUUCCAGAGGUGGGAGGUCAUGCUUGCUCUCUUUGGAUGUGUUUAUGGGAAAGAGAGGAAGAAGAUGGAAGAACACAACUUGACAUGGAAGCUUCCAGCAAUGAAGUUUCAAGAGAAUGAUGAUGGGAGGAAAAACUUGAGGUUUGAAGGCUUGGCUUGGAAGGAAGGAAAAGCUUGGAGUUGCUUGGUGAGGCUUUAUAGAGAAUAUGAUGGAUUUCAAGGAGAGGAGGUUAUGGCUGGGGUGCUUGCAACAUCUAGGAAGGAGGUGUGA